AAUCACUCAGCGGCAGCGUCAAAUUUCGCACAUACGUGCGCCAGUCGCGCAUAACACACGACUAAACUUCUCAAAUAUUCCCCAACAGUUGGGCGUUGCGGACACACACCAGAGCCCCAGCUAGCUCGAAUAAGCAUAGAAUAAAUAGACUGCGCGCAAAAGUUUUCCAGCGAAAAGGAAGUGAUACUCUGCUCAAGCGCUUAGGGUGCACUUGCCAACGCGCACAAACGGUGAAUUGUGAUUUUGUGCAUAAAUUCGGGAAUUAAAAAAAAUAUAUGAAAUAACGCGAAAAUCUCGCGCGCAGUUGUUGCACGUCAGCGCGUAAGUGUGAAACGCAUGCGAAACGUGAGCGAAAGUUUUUUUGACAAAUUUAAUAUUUUCGGCGUUCUGAAUUUUUUUCUUGUUGUUGUUGUAUUUGUAUUUGCAGCAUCAAUACAGCUUGUGUGAAUUUCGCAUAAGACACGCGCGCGAAACUUUUAACGCGAACGACAAGCGCAUUGAACUGAUAAACCGACAUUUUCGCCGUGCGCUGUGAGCGCAGAUCCUUGCUGCCGCGCGCCGUACGUAUGUGUGUGUGCCGCUACUAAUGCUGCUACUUAGCACAAGCAUCUCAUAUUGAGCUGACAAUUUCGUGGCAAAGCUGUGCGCAAAUAAAUUCCUUCACGUGCAUUUACUGGAGACACACCCUCACACACACUCACAUACAUACAAAUCCAUAUAAAUACAGCGACUCCACAAUCCGUCGACACCGCCGCCACACUUAAAUAAGUUCAGCGCUCCUUUGCUUGUGUUGCACGCCGUGCAAUUGCUUGGAUUCAAAUUCUUUUGCUGCUGCUGCUUUUGGUGUACAUCCGUUGUGACAAGAUGCAUUCGCCCGUCACCAAAGUGACUGGAUUCAUUGUCCUGAUGAUUGUGCAAAUAAUCUUACUUGCACUCUUCUGGCUGUUCGUGCGUUAUGGCGAUGAAGCCUUGCCAGGCUCUGAAGGCAGAGAAUUAGGCGAACCUCACGUUUCCAAAUAUCCGCAUUUCCAAGAUGUUCAGGUGAUGAUCUAUAUAGGCUUCGGCUUCCUGAUGACCUUCUUGCGCAAAUAUGGCUACAGCGCUACUGGUUAUACACUCUUUCUGGCAGCACUGGUCGUACAGUGGUCGAUUUUGGUGAAAGGAUUCUUCCAUAUGGAAGAUGGAAAAAUCAGCUUAACAUUGGAAAACAUCGUCGACGCAGAUAUCGCCGCCGCCGUCCCUCUGAUUAGUAUGGGUGCCCUACUGGGCCGUACAACACCGGUUCAACUCUUAUUUAUGGCUAUCAUCGAAAUUGUUUUAUUCGCACUCAACGAAUAUGUCGCUUUGAAUAUUUUCAGCGUCUGUGAUGUUGGUGGUUCAAUUACGGUACAUGCCUUCGGUGCAUACUUCGGUCUGGCGGUGAGUCUAAUGUUACGGCCCGGCAAGGAACAAAACGAGUCUGGCAAGUACGAAGGAGCCAAUUACACGUCGGACAUCUUUGCCAUGAUCGGCACAUUGUUCCUGUAUGUGUAUUGGCCGAGCUUUAAUUCGGUGUUGGCCGACGGCAGUGGCCAGGAGCGUGCCAUACUCAACACGUAUUUAUCAUUAGCAGCGGCAACAGUUACAACAUUCAUAGUAUCGGCACUUGUUAGUCACGAGAACAAAUUGGAUAUGGUACAUGUACAGAAUUCAACAUUGGCUGGCGGUGUUGCCAUCGGCACUGUUUGUAAUUUGCUAGUUGGUGCACAUGGCGCUAUAUUAAUUGGCAUCAUUGCCGGUUGCAUUUCGGUGCUGGGUUAUCGCUACCUCUCGCCCCGCAUCACCGCUGUUCUGGGCAUACACGACACUUGCGGCGUUCACAAUUUACACGGCAUGCCAGCGGUACUAUCAGCAAUUGCCUCAGCCGUCUUCGCCAGUUUUGUCACAAAGGAAAAAUACAAAAACGAAUUGAGUGAUAUCUUUCCAGCUAUGGUUUCAGCACCGGAGAAUAGUAACUCCACAAUUAUACUUGGUGGUUACGAACGCACAGCCUCCGCUCAAGCUGGUUUUCAACUAUGCGCCAUCGCUGUCACCUUACUGGUGGCCAUUGUUGGUGGCAUCAUAACAGGUGCUAUACUCAAAUACACGGGCAUGCGUAAAUUACAGAAGGACGAACAUCAUCAGGAUGAGCUACACUGGGAGGUGCCGGAGCACAAAGAAGACUAGUAAAGUCCCAGAAAAACAAAUGAAUUGUGUUAUAAUUUCAUUUCUGUUAUAUGAAAAUUUCCAACACUUCAUUUGUUUUAUUAUUAAUAUUAAUUAUCGCAGCCAAAGUGCUGUAGCAAUGUAGAGUCCAACACAGUGUAUUUGUAAACAUAUAAGUCUAAUUCAUUGGAAUUAUUUUAGCUAAUUAAAGCUUUUACGUAUAAUUAGUUGUUGUUUGUUAGAUUGAUUUGAUGUCAUCACAGCUUAAUUUAGUUAACGUAGAGCAAAAUCGAAUACUAUGUUUUAUGUCACACUUAAUAAACACGAGCAAUUGCGAAGAAAAUAAUAAAAGGUAAUUGUUUUUGUAUUUGUAAAAGUAA